AUGGUUCGAGCACGUGAGACAUUCACCGAUGACGAGGGGCUGGAGAGAGCGCUCAUGGACGGAACUGCAACAGACCCGAAACACUAUGGGCAUCCGGCUCUUUCAGAAAACCCCCCAACAAUACCAAGCGACGUCACAUCCAGCGACCAACUACCGGUCAUUUUAACACUGUCAACAAACCCUAUCAUGAUUACACAACAAAACCCAGAGAAUCCUUCAACAUGCAAACUGGGGAGGGCUUCAAAACAAUCACUUGAAGACACACACGGUGGUAAGGUAAAGGGCAAGUCAGUCCGCUCCGCAGGCCGGCUUCGUUCCCUGUUGGCAAUUCACCGCCUUCUGCGUAAGGGCAACUACGCCGAGCGUGUGGAGGUGCCCCGUGUACCUGGCUGCGUCAUGGAAUACCUGCC